UAGAUCUCGCACUUCCUUGAACCCAACCAUGAAUGAACAUCUCACAAAACCUACGAAAUACGACAUUGAAGAUUCCAACAUUGCUUUACUAGGAUCCGAUCUCGAAAAGCGCGUUCGAGAACACGGUGGAGAUAAGGAAACAGCAUGGAAUGAAGCUGGAGCCACCACAGGCUUACAAAUUUGGCGUAUUGAAAAGUUUCAUGUGGUUCCCUGGUCCACAGCGGAGGAGGGAAGGUUCUACGAUGGUGAUUCAUACAUCGUACUUUAUACUUACAAGAAAACCCCGCAAUCGGGAUCUUUCUCGUACAACUUGCACUUUUGGCUUGGAGACGAGACAUCUCAGGACGAGGCUGGUACUGCUGCUUACAAGACAGUUGAACUAGACGAUCAUUUACAGGGGGUUCCCGUUCAAUAUCGCGAAGUUCAAGGCUAUGAAUCUGAUCAAUUCCUUUCCCACUUUCCUCACGGUUUUGUCUGUCUUAAAGGUGGUAUAUCCACUGGAUUCCAUCAUGUCUCCGACAUGCCUCCAGUGGAUACGCACAAACUUUAUCGGAUUAGCAUCACACCGAAUCUACACCCAUCCAAGUCCCAUGCACAUCUGGUGGCCAUUCGGGAAGUACCUUUUUCUGGGUCUAGUCUUGUAGAAGGUGAUGCCUUUGUGCUGGAUAAGGGAACAAAGGUCUGGCAGCUGAAUACCAAAGAAAGUGCGGGCAAGGAAAAGUUUAGAGCAGCAGAAUUUGUCAGGAGCUUGUCUGGGAACAGAAGGGGAGGGUGCCAAGUCACGGUCUUUGAUGAAGGGGGACAUGGCACAGGAAUAUUCCUAGCUGAAUUUGGCGAAGGCACGAUUAUACACCAUGAUACUGCACAAUCUCAUUUACCCGAUGGCUCUACACCUACUUUAAACCUAUACCGUCUUUCUGAUUUUUCUGGGACACCAAGCUUCUCCGCCAUUGAACCCCCAAUCACAUUCUCUUCAUUAUCUUCUUCCGAUGCAUUCAUUUUGGACAAUACUUUGACAAAGACAUCAUCAGCAGCGCUGUAUGUCUGGCUCGGAGCCCAGUCAUCCUUGACGGAACGAAGACUGGCAGUGCAGUACGCGCAACGGUAUUUACAUGACAAAAUCGGUGAUAAUACUACAAAGUCCAGAAAUGUUGUGGCAAUCCCAAUUGUGAAGAUGCAGGAAGGACAUGAGAGUGACACAUUUUUGGCUCUGUUGAGGGGCGAAGAUCAUUAGUAUGGUAAGAACAUGGACUUAUGAUGUGCUAGCAUUGUACGGAUCUGCAGGAGCCUGUCAUGAAUUCCCAAUCUCAGCAUCAGAUCUUUUGGCAGACACAUGUAAAUUCAUUGCACUGGAAUAUUGACUAAUUUUGGGC